AUACCAAGCAUAUGUCUUUGGAAAUGAAGUUGAAAGAAAGAGAGAGAAAGAGAGAAUUACAAACUUGCUCUAACUACUAGGAAGAGUGAGAAACUAUACACUUGAUUCUUGUAUCAUCCAUAAAAAUAAUGGUAAGAGCUCCUUGUUGUGAAAAGAUGGGAUUGAAGAGAGGUCCUUGGUCUCUUGAAGAAGAUCAAAUCCUCAUUUCUUACAUCCAAAAACAUGGUCAUGGCAACUGGCGUGCUCUCCCAAAACUUGCAGGCUUGUUAAGGUGUGGGAAGAGUUGCAGACUUAGGUGGAUAAAUUAUUUGAGACCUGAUAUCAAGAGAGGAAAUUUUACAAAUGAAGAAGAAGAAAAUAUCAUUAAGCUUCAUGAAAUGCUAGGGAACAGGUGGUCAGCAAUUGCAGCAAAAUUACCAGGAAGAACAGACAAUGAAAUAAAAAAUGUGUGGCACACACAUUUGAAGAAGAAACUAAACAAGACAACCUCAGAAUUAUCUAACAAAAGGGUGGUGGUCUCAAAACAAAAAAUCAAACGUUCUGAUUCAAAUUCAAGCACAAUAACUGAAUCAGAAUGCACUACUAGUUCUAGUGAUUUCUCAUUUGUUGAUGAAAGAAAAGAUCAUAUAAUAAAAAAUGAAGACAUUGAGUCUAUGGAGGAAGAACCAAUGCCAGAAAUUGAUGAGAGUUUUUGGUCAGAAGCAGCAGCAUUGGAUGAGACUUCAACUGAUAUGCCAUCAACAAUCUCAAAUGAGAUAAUGCCACUUCAAUAUCCUUCUAAUUCUGGUGACAUUUUUCCAAAAGAGAAUAAUGUUGAUUAUAAUUCUAACUUAGAUGAUGGCAUGGAUUUUUGGUAUGACAUAUUCAUUAGGACUGGAGAUCAAAUAGAAUUGCCAGAGUUCUGAAUUUUUAUAAGCUCAAAAAACUUAGUAACUUCAAUUAUUUUCUUGACGAUUACGAGUUUAGAUGAGUUGGAUUCAGAACGCUUCGAUUCUCACAUCGACAACGGGAUUCAUGGCAACUUCAAUUUGAAUGUUACAAAGAUAAUAAAGUUUGAUUAUCUCUAGCAGCAAGGGCUAAAGCAGGAAGAGUUUUGGGACAAUGAAAUGUAAUCUAUAUAUCUAUGUAAAAAAGGGAAUAGAAGUGAAAUAUUGAUUUUUUUUCUUCUUCUUUUUUAUGUAUAAUGUGGAAAACAACAAGUCUCUUUAACAUUUUUAGAUUUUACUUUAGUUAGAAUUUUAGAUUAGGGUUUGAUUGUAACACAAUAAAUUAUGUACUAGAUUAGAAUGCUAAAGUAUUCAAAAAAAUUGUGCCUCAAA